AACGCACAUGCGCACUCAAGUGCGCUGGUAAAGCAAAAAUGGCGGCGGCGGCAAUGCGCGUGGCGGCACCCGGAAUCAGGCUCAGUGCUGUAGUGAGAAGUCUCCGGGCCGCGGUGCGCAGCGUGUGCACCCAGCCUGUCUCUGUUAAUGAGCGCAUCGAGAACAAGCGUCAAGCCGCACUACUGGGAGGAGGGCAGCGCCGCAUCGACGCGCAGCAUAAGCGAGGAAAGCUAACGGCCAGAGAGCGGAUCAGUCUCUUGCUGGACCCCGGCAGUUUUGUUGAGAGCGACAUGUUUGUGGAACACAGAUGUGCAGAUUUUGGAAUGGCUGCUGAUAAGAAUAAGUUUCCUGGAGACAGUGUGGUCACUGGACGGGGCCGAAUCAAUGGAAGAUUGGUUUAUGUCUUCAGUCAGGAUUUUACAGUUUUUGGAGGCAGCCUGUCUGGAGCACAUGCCCAAAAGAUCUGCAAAAUCAUGGACCAAGCCAUGACAGUGGGGGCUCCGGUGAUUGGACUGAAUGACUCUGGAGGAGCACGGAUCCAAGAGGGAGUAGAGUCUUUGGCUGGCUACGCAGACAUCUUUCUGAGGAAUGUCACGGCAUCCGGAGUCAUCCCUCAGAUUUCUCUGAUCAUGGGCCCUUGUGCCGGUGGGGCUGUCUACUCCCCGGCCCUAACAGACUUCACGUUCAUGGUAAAGGACACCUCCUACUUGUUCAUCACUGGCCCUGAUGUUGUGAAGUCUGUCACCAAUGAGGACGUUACCCAGGAGGAGCUCGGGGGCGCCAGGACCCACACCACCAUGUCAGGCGUGGCCCACAGAGCUUUUGAAAACGACGUUGACGCCUUGUGUAAUCUCCGGGAGUUCUUCAACUACUUGCCUCUCAGCAAUCAGGACCCGGCCCCUGUCCGUGAGUGCCAUGAUCCCAGUGACCGUCUGGUUCCUGAGCUUGAUACAAUUGUCCCUUUGGAAUCUACCAAAGCCUACAACAUGGUGGACAUCAUACACUCUGUUGUUGAUGAGCGAGAAUUUUUUGAGAUCAUGCCCAGUUAUGCCAAGAACAUCAUUGUUGGUUUUGCAAGAAUGAAUGGGAGGACUGUUGGAAUUGUUGGCAACCAACCUAAAGUGGCUUCAGGAUGCUUGGACAUUAAUUCAUCCGUGAAAGGGGCUCGUUUUGUCCGAUUCUGUGAUGCGUUCAAUAUUCCACUCAUCACGUUUGUGGAUGUCCCUGGCUUUCUCCCUGGCACCGCGCAGGAGUACGGGGGCAUCAUCCGGCACGGCGCCAAGCUUCUCUACGCGUUUGCCGAGGCAACUGUGCCCAAAGUGACAGUCAUCACCAGGAAGGCCUAUGGUGGAGCUUACGAUGUCAUGAGCUCCAAGCACCUUUGUGGUGACACCAACUACGCCUGGCCCACAGCAGAGAUUGCAGUCAUGGGAGCAAAGGCAUGUGCCGCCGCCAUCUUCGUGCCCAGGUGGGAGGAGCCUAGAGUGGGUUUUGAGACGUCAGUAAAGGGGAAGGGGCUGAACUGGCCUUUGGAGGACUGGACAUUCCCCCAGCCCCCAGCUGCUGACUUAGGGCAGGUACUUCCUGUUGCUGUGCCUGCUCCCCACUCCUUUCCUGCUUCAAAACAGCUGGUGCGGUUGAUCCAGUCUUUCCACCUCUGGCCAUUGAAUUGUGUGCUCAGGGCUCAGAAUCAUGAAAAAGGAAAACAGCACUCUGCUUCCCUCAGUGAGGGAACUGUGGAUUUAACAGUGGAAACUAGGCCAAAUAUCUUGGCCUCAGAGAAGGAUAAAUGCAGUUGGAGAGAGCAGGACAGAAUCUGGGGAGGCAAACACCUGGCUUAGCCUGGGCUGCUCGUCCCUGGGGCCGCAGCUGAGCACCCAUCACAGCCCCCGGAGUCACGGAGGUCACCUCCAGGCACCUGGAGCCGGCACUUGUCUCGGGUACACUUUGAUUUACCAGGACACUGGCAACCACGUCCAUGAUGAUGAGCUGAGGGAGGCCUGCCCAGGUCUCCAGGGG